AUGACUUUCGACAAAACUUUAUUGAAGCCCUGUCCUGUACUACUACCAUCGGCAGAAGAAUUUCAGAAUCCCAUAGAGUACUUGUCGAGGGAAGACAUACUACAACUAGGGAAUGAGUUUGGUUUAGUAAAGGUUGUGCCGCCAAAAGGAUGGAAACCACCAUUUUCCAUAGCGCCGUCCUUCACCUUUCACACAAGAAUCCAGAAGCUUAGUGAUUUGGGAAUCACAACCAGAAGCAGGAAAAUCUUUAUUGACGGCUUGAACAGAUUCUGCAACAUGACCGGACGCAGAAAUGUCCACUCCUGGUUUGUCACUCACAACCAGAAGAUACAUUAUUAUGAUUUAUAUCUCGCAGUUUGCCGGCUCUACCCCGGCCGAAACGAUCUAAUGGGUAUUUCUCAGGAGGAAUUAACGAAGCUAAAUUUGAUGUUUGAUCUUCCCGCCUCAGAAACAAUUCUUAAAAGUGAAUUUACCGACAAAAUCAAGGCAUACGCCCAGUACUUGUCUCAUAACGGCAACAACUUUGACUUUCCUGAAAGCGAUCCUGAAGAUGAUACCGAAAGCUGCUUGGUCUGCCGGAAAAACCACUCGCCCACGCAGAUGCUUUUGUGUGACCACUGUAAUAACCCUUAUCAUCUCAAAUGUCUUCUGCCGCCUCUUACAGAAGUCCCUGAAGGAACAUGGUACUGUGAAAAAUGCUUGAUUGGAACUGGCGCUUAUGGCUUUGAAGAAAACCCCGAACUUAAAUUCAACAUCUGGGGCUUUGUUGAACAUUGCAAGCAAUUUGAACUGGAGUUCUUCUCUAGAUACAGUAAGGAUGGUCUGCCCUUAUCUCUCGAUGAGAUUGAACAACUUUUCUGGAACUUAGUAGAGUCUGAAAAUUCCGAACUCAAAGUGAGGUAUGGCGCGGAUAUCCACAAUUUAAGGCCUGGAGAAAUAAGUGGUUUUCCGACAAUGGAAAUCCCAAAGAGUCCUUAUGAUUCUAAUGCAGAUGGUUCUCAGUACAUACAUCAUCCGUGGAAUCUUACAAGACUUCCUUUUGCGAAAGGAUCUUUACUUAACUUCAUCAACAGCACCAUAUCAGGCAUGACCAUUCCGUGGAUUUAUGUGGGCUCCCUUUUAUCUACCUUUUGCUGGCACGUUGAAGAUCAUUAUACUCUUUCAGCCAAUUAUUGUCACUUUGGCAAUGUCAAAAAGUGGUAUGGAAUUCCUAGCUCAUAUGCUGACGAGUUCGAGAAAAUAAUGAAGGCGCUGGCACCUGAUCUUUUUCAACGGCAGCCGGAUUUGUUACACCAAUUGGUUACAUUGAUGUCUCCCUCGGAACUUUCUGCCAAAGGUAUUCCCUGUGUGUACGCCGAUCAAGGGCCAAACGAGUUUGUUGUGACAUAUCCUAGAGUAUAUCAUGCGGGCUUCAAUAGUGGUCUCAACUUUAACGAGGCUGUGAAUUUCACCAUGGACGCAUGGAUAGAUUUUGGCGAGAGGUCUAUCCGAGACUAUGCGGAGAUAAAGAAAGAGAAUGUAUUUGAUCAUUUCAUGUUGGUGCAAAACAUAUUAGAGAACUACCUACAGCCAAACAGUGCAUUUGAAGACAACCACAAAAACUUCAUAGGCAAAUGCAUUCGCAGUUAUGAGCAAUUUCUCCACCGGCAGAAAAGCCUUGUACACGAUCUCGAGAGUGAUAGGUUGGAAACUGUGCUAAAGGUGCCUGAAAGCAAAAGUGGCUUGAUGACGCCGGGUCCUGCAACAAGAAUGUCAACGAUGAAAAAGAAUAAAGCCAACACCGAAGAUGAAGACGAUGAUCUUUGUGACAUAUGUCGUACUUAUGUGUCAUUCCAAUAUUGUGAUGUUAACAAUAAGCUCCAUCGGUUUGGCAAGUGGUACCAUAAGAAAUCUAGGAAAACUGAUAGUUCUAGCAUUGCAGUUAGUAAUCUUCUCACACCUACCGAGUCCCCUUAUUUGAAAAAGGGACAAGAAGAUGGAAUGACAUAUAGUGCUACAGCUGUGGCACAAUCUGGAUCUGCGGAGAGACUUCAAUCUUUGCAAGACAACAAUCAGGACCUAAAAGAAGAGGAAUCUGAAGAGGAAUUUGGAGCAAAAGUGCCUUUUCUGGACCAGAUGAAUGAGCUCAUACUGCAGGCCAAGAGGAAAGCGAGCGAAGAGGCUGAAGAACCUAGAAGUAAAAGACGACAGUCGAGUAGACUUCAACAGAAAAGCCGCCUGCCGGAAUUGGAAGCUAAACCAGAAAUUAACGAGGAAAUUGAAGAUAGCGCAAGCCCUCAGAAGAAAAGCCAGUACAGCUCGUUACUUCGACAGCUCAAUCAGUUUGACCAUAUCAAACUCUGUCUCAAGUGCACCCAGAAAAUGUGCGGAGAUCAUGGAGAACGACUUCCGAAAGGCUCGCAUUUGAUAGUGGAAAAACCAUUUGGUGAAAUGGAGGCCAUUCUAGCCGGUGCCAAACGCAAGUUUCUCGGUUAUUAA